AUGAAUAUGUCAUCAGCAAGUGUACCCCGUGCGCAUCGUCAUCAUCAUCAUCAUCGCCAGCAACAGCAACAUAAUGUAGCUUUAUUCGGCUCACCGGGUCCUGCAACUUUUUCCGCGUCUGCUCCGGCAACACCGAAAGGUAGACAGGAGGUUGCUCGGCGUCAAGCCCGUCGUCCGAUCUCAUUCAAUGCUAAGAUUGGUGCUAAUCAAUGCUAUGCUGGUUCAAAGUUCAGCGACUCGCCAACUGCUCGCGCUAUACCGCUUCCACCUACUGAAUGGAUCUAUGAGGCCUUCAGCUCGCAAUCCGACUCCAGCUCAAUGAGUAGUGCGAUGUCGGAGAGAUGUCAACUAUGCCUACGACACCACAAAAAUCCGCAUUACGUCCACCAUCUGGAAUGCGUGUACAUCCACUCCGUCUCAUCGCGGCUGUCGCUGCAUCAUAAGGCAAUAAAAGGACGAAGGCCCAGCCUUAUCCUUCAUCAAAAGACCUAAAGCAUGCGUACGACACCGUUCUCUUAUUGCUUCUUCUCAAUUAUUCUUGCUCGCCGCUUAGCGGCCAACAACCGUAUUUUUGUAUUUUUCUAUAUUAUCGAUCUUCAAUACCCAGUAUAACUUGUAACUGUAGCGUAUUCUGCCCAAGUUUCUGUCUCUCUCUAUCGUUUCUUUUUUUCGUAAUCAAGUAAGCGUAUCUGUAUUGUCUAGUCCCAUACGCAAUUAAUGUGCAUGGUGAUGAGACCAUUAGAGGGCAAUCUAUCGUUUCUUCCUAUAUUAUUGUUUUUGUAACUUGUUUGUUUUUUCAAUUUUUUGUCGUUGUUUCUAUAACGUUGUAUGUGAUUCUGUGCAUAACGAAGGUGUUUGUGCGUGGCAAUUUUUUUCGCCACGCCCAUCUUCAAAUUGCCAAGCCUUUCGUGCGCGUAUGUGUUCGUGAUAGGACUCAAUGCAGUGCAUGGUCUCUGUUGCAUGCAUACUCGCACAAAAGGUUCUCUCAUACUUCGGGUCUGUAAGCGAGUGUCCUGGCGACGAUUCCCUUCCUCUGUCUCAUUUUUUUUCUCAAUGGAUCUUCGCAUGAUGCUCGACAUUCGUGGCCGAGCGGCUAAGCUCGUCAGAGUGAUGUCGCUCGCGCUGCGCAUGAUCCCCCAACACAGAAACCUCUUUGUUUGCUUUCUCUUAUUGCAUUGCAUUGUACGACUCCUGUGAAGCAGUCGGGUCUUUUCUCUUUUUUUUCUCUCUUUGUGUACACACAACACACAUCUCGCUAUGUGUCCAGUUCAGGUGUUGCCUCUAGUGCAGUUGUAUAUAUCCAUCGGGGCUCGUUAGAUGAGUUGGUGACAUUGUGGUGACGGUCUGACACUUCGUCGCAUACUUUUUUGAUCUCGUGAAUUUGCUCGCCGCCUACUGUCGCACUAUGUCGCCCGGUAUCGCCAACGCCCAGAGCCCCUUAAGUGACGUGUACGCUCGCGCGCAUUAUGGAGCACUUACUAUAAUUUGGUCUGAUAGACUUCUAUCUGGUGUAGCUGUGAGCUCGUUCAUGCUUCCAGUAGUGGCAAAAACAUGUCGCUGAGAAUCGCUCGAAAUCGCCUAGGUGAGCAUGAGCGCGUUCAUAGUCGCACGCCUGACCCAAAACUUCCAUACUUCCAAUUUCCGUUAGUUCUCCCUGCCUACACCAGUCGAACGAUCUUGUACAUAGUGAUGUCGUUGAUAUCGUCGUACACGUCCUACACGCUAGUGUUCAUCCACUAUUCUCAUGUUUUGCAAAUAAUUUCUCUUUUUUUUUUUGGCUCGCGCACGGUUCAGUCCCGAUUUUGUGCGUAUAUUACACGCACGAAACGGGCCAGUACCACGGGUCCUCUAAUCCUGUUCUCCUUGAAUCGAUCGAUAUUCAUAUUUUCCAAAACACAUGUUCCCUCUGAGAUAUUUCCACUGCGUAGAACUCGGCCUAAACUUAGUUAUUGUCACUAAUACAAUUCAUCUACAAGUAUAUCAGCAUUCUAACACACGUACCGUUUCUCUCUCGCUCUUAACAGUCAGAUUCGGGUGAUAGUAUGCUUGUUAAUUCUCUGUUGUUUAUGAUGUUUACUCUCCAAAUCCUCUCAAUUUGUAUUAGUUGUUAACUAAAACAUCAAAAGCACGAGUGCCGAGUCGUUGUUUAGCGCCUUAUUAGAGUUUUUCGUGUACAUCGAUCGAGUCCACACUCCUCUCUGAAUGUUUGAUAUUAGUAUGUGCUAGUCAUAUACUGGUUGUAAUCUUCGAUGGUUAAAAUAACGUCCGUGAUUAGAUCUAUAAUGACGUUAUUUGAAGUUCUUUGUUUGAAUUAACAUCCCACUGAGAUUGUAGAUUUUUUGGCCCAUCUCACAGUUCCAUCAUUUUGUUGUACAUUUUAACAUGUACACUGAGGUGUGGCAUUUUUUCCUACAAUCGCCUGAUAUCCUUGAUCAUGAUUCUUUCAGUAUUUUUUUUUCGCAAUUGUAGAUCAUUCUUCUAAGCAAUACAAACACAUCUGUUGUUGUCAGCGUUUAUAUUGUCAAUUAAUAAUGGUUUAUUUGUUGAAUGAUCCCAAGAAAAUGAGUUAGAAACUGAUCAUCAUACUGAAAGCAAAAGUAAUAAUAAAGAAUCAAGAUCAU